UUCAGGAAAUCCAGUAGAGGAGACUUCGUAUUUUCUGCUGAUCGUCUGAUCAGACUCGUGGUUGAAGAGGGACUGAAUCAAUUGCCAUACACAGAAUGUACCGUGACCACUCCAACAGGACACAAGUACGAAGGAGUCAGAUUUGAAAAGGGAAACUGCGGAGUCAGCAUAAUGAGAAGCGGGGAGGCAAUGGAACAAGGUUUACGAGACUGCUGUAGAUCAAUCCGCAUAGGAAAAAUCCUGAUACAGAGCGACGAGGAGACUCAAAGAGCGAAAGUGUACUAUGCUAAGUUUCCACCAGACAUUUACAGGAGAAAAGUUCUUCUUAUGUACCCAAUACUAAGUACUGGUAAUACUGUCAUUGAGGCUGUCAAAGUUCUUGUAGAACAUGGCGUACAACCAAGUGUCAUUAUCCUGCUAAGCCUAUUCUCCACGCCUCACGGUGCCAAGUCCAUCAUCCAGGAAUUCCCAGAGAUCACAAUUUUAACUACAGAAGUUCAUCCUGUUGCACCAACACACUUCGGACAGAAGUAUUUUGGAACAGACUGACACACGGAACAAACGGAUAUGACUAUAUGAUGAGACAAGAGGGGUUUUCCUACGUUUUAUUAUUGUGGAGUUGGUUGAGGGCACGUUUAAAAAUCUUUUUGGCCAGAGGGGGAAAUACUUGACUUGGAUCAGUUCGGGUCAGUUACUGCCUGAACGCUGAAUCAGGUGCAGUAACGAAGCACUCUGUCAUUACAAAGUCAAGCAUCUCAAUGUUGGGGUUCUAUACAUUGCUACACUCUCUGCUUUAACUUAUUUAUUCUUCUGUAGCCUGCCUUGUGGCUGCUUGCAAGAGCAAAAUAAAACAACUAAAUCAC